AUGGCUCGGAUGUACAAAAAUGAAAUUCUCGCACUCCACUUCAAUAUGAACAGCGCUUUCCCUAGCGGAAUCGAUCGAUUCUCGGCUCGUUUGCGCCAAAAUUGCUUAAACUUCAACUAUCAACAUAUUUUGAUUAUGAAGAUCAGGAAGCACUCGUUCAACCUCCAAUACCGACGUAAGCAUCCUGAUGGGGGGCAUUUUGCCGCUUACAAGCUUCCAAAGACUCUGGCCGGUGACAUCUUCGAGUUCAUUCGACAACAAACCAUCUCGAAACCGAAGAAAACUGACGAGUUG